AUGGAUGUUCCUGGUCCGUCACUUUCGAGUCGCGAGAAACAUCAUCUGGAAACAUCAGAUGCGUCAUCACUUUUCUUGCUUAAAGGUGAGUUGUACCGGAAAAUCGAUGAGCAACGUCGAAAAGCUGCUACAGCUACGGUGAAAGCUUCCAACAGGAAGAGUGUUUUACGAAUUAGCAAAGAAGAAGAGAAAAAACUUGCGGAGGAGAAACGCCAACGAGAAGCACGUAUCCGUGAACUAGAAAAGUCAAUAGCACAUGAUGAAGAACAGAGGAAGCGUGUGCAAAAGAUACUAGAAGAGAAAAGUGAAAUUUAUUCUCGCUUAAGUCGAGGCGAAGCAGUUUUAACUGGUGACAAUGAACCAGUGGAAUUUCUGGUAGACUUCAAUGCAAAGAAGCGUGAGCAAGAAGAGCAACGUUUGAAUGAUGCUGAAAAAGCAAAAAAUGAAGAAAGUGAAGCUGUACACUUCAAUCCAAACGAAGAACAGCGAGUUUACGGUGUUUCUCAUGUUCCGCUUCCGGUCACUGAAAGUAAAAGGCAAGAACAAAUACAAGAGUUACUGGAACUGAGUAAGAAAACUGAAGUUAAUCGAGCGAAAAGAAAACAUUUACUUGAAGAACGAGAAAAGAAGAAGUGGGAACAGUUGAAUAGAAUACGGAAGCGAAAAGGUUUGGAAGAAUUACCCUCAUGGAACUCUGAAGGAGAUAAUGAAGCGAAUUUUCUUGACAUUCCACUUCCUGAUCAACUGCCAAAAGCUGAAACGGUGCAACCAGAACCAAAAAAAUUCAUCCCUGUUCGUGAGUGGGAUCGUGGAAAAGUGCUUUAUGAUAGAUGGAUCACAAAACAGCGUGAUGAACGUGAUGAUGAAUUUGCACCACCUUCAAGCUACUUUAGAUAA